AUGGCAUUUAGGUGUGUUGAGUUUGAUAAAGAGGAGAUCCUGUUUGGCGGGUACUCUGCUGCUACAAUUUCUGAAAGCCAUGGGAAUGAGGGAGGGCAUUGCAAUUCUGUAUAUAAAGCAUCCAGGCUUGAAGAGGUAAGCCUUGAGAGUGGCAGCAGCAGUACUGCCCAUUUGGAACGGAGGAAGGUACUGGAAAAAACCUCUCCAGUUAGGGCAUGCAUCAUGUUUCUGACAGAACUGCUGCUUGUCUUCUGCAGUAUUCUGCAAUGUGCUGCUUUUGAAGGAAAUUAUUGGUCCCAAUAUUUUCUCCAAAAACAGAAAGAAACUCUGCAAAGAAUUAGACGUUCUGGACAGCACAGAAGUAUGGAAGAGGAGUACUUUUUGCCAGCAGUUAUGAGCAAGGAUUCCUGUUCUACCUGGGGCGGAGGGCACUUUUCAACCUUUGAUAAAUACCAGUAUGACUUCAGUGGGACCUGCAACUAUAUCUUUGCAACUGUAUGUGAUGAAUCCAGCCCAGACUUCAACGUUCAGUUCCGCCGUGGCCUGGACAAAAAGAUUGCGAGGAUCAUUAUUGAGCUGGGACCUUCUGUCAUCAUUGUUGAGAAAGACAGCAUUUCUGUCAGGAGUGUUGGUGUCAUUAAGUUGCCUUAUGCUAGCAAUGGAAUUCAAAUAGCCCCUUACGGCCGCAGCAUCCGCCUCGUGGCCAAGCUGAUGGAGAUGGAGCUAGUUGUCAUGUGGAACAAUGAGGACUAUCUCAUGGUUUUGACUGAAAAAAAAUAUAUGGGAAAAACCUGUGGAAUGUGUGGAAAUUAUGAUGGCUAUGAACUAAAUGACUUUGUGAAUGAAGGUAAAUUGCUGGAUGCAUACAAAUUUGCUGCAUUACAAAAAAUGGAUGAUCCAUCAGAGAUCUGCCUGUCUGAGGAGAUAUCAAUUCCUGCCAUUCCUCACAAAAAAUACGCCAUGAUCUGCUCUCAGCUACUUAACCUGGUGUCACCAACCUGCAGUGUGCCAAAGGAUGGGUUUGUCGUUCGUUGUCAGCUUGAUAUGCAGGACUGCAGUGAGCCAGGACAAAAGAAUUGUACUUGCUCUACGCUGUCAGAGUAUUCAAGGCAAUGUGCUAUGUCCCAUCAAGUGGUGCUCAACUGGAGGACUGAAAACUUCUGCUCUGUGGGAAAAUGUUCUGCUAACCAGAUCUAUGAAGAAUGUGGUUCUCCAUGUAUUAAAACCUGUUCCAACCCAGAAUACAGCUGUUCCAGCCACUGUACCUAUGGCUGCUUUUGUCCAGAAGGAACUGUUCUUGAUGACAUCUCAAAGAAUCGAACAUGUGUUCACCUUAAUCAGUGCCCGUGUAUGCUGAAUGGGGAAACAUACGCUCCUGGUGAGACAAUGAAAGCAGCGUGUAGGACGUGUAAAUGUACAAUGGGUCAAUGGAAUUGCAAAGACUUGCCCUGCCCUGGAAGGUGUUCGCUGGAAGGAGGCUCCUUUGUUACCACAUUUGAUUCUAGAUCAUACAGGUUCCAUGGAGUUUGCACUUACAUUCUUAUGAAGAGUUCAAGCCUUCCAAACAAUGGAACCCUAAUGGCUGUAUAUGAAAAGUCUGGUUAUUCUCAUUCUGAAACAUCACUUAGUGCUAUAAUUUACCUGUCUACGAAGGACAAAAUUGUGAUUUCUCAGAAUGAACUCCUUACUGAUGAUGAUGAACUUAAACGGCUACCUUACAGAUCAGGAGACAUCACUAUUUUCAAACAGUCCUCAAUGUUCAUUCAAAUGCAUACAGUGUUUGAUCUGGAAGUUCUAGUUCAAACAUCACCUGUGUUCCAGGCCUAUGUGAAAGUUGGAUCACAGUUCAAAGGCAGAACCCUGGGUUUGUGUGGCAAUUACAAUGGAGACACUACAGAUGACUUCAUGACUAGCAUGGAUAUCACUGAAGGAACAGCUUCCCUGUUUGUAGAUUCCUGGAGGGCGGGAAAUUGCAAUCCUGCUUUAGAGAGAGAGACUGACCCUUGUGCUUUGAGUCAACUGAACAAAAUAUCUGCUGAGACUCAUUGCUCCAUUCUUACGAAGAAAGGUACAGUGUUUGAGAAGUGCCAUACUGUGGUGAACCCCAUUCCUUUCUACAAGAGAUGCGUCUACCAAGCCUGUAAUUACGAAGAGACCUUCCCUUAUAUUUGUUCUGCUCUGGGAUCAUAUGCACGAACAUGCAGUUCGAUGGGUUUAAUCCUUGAAAACUGGAGAGAGAGUAUGGACAAUUGCACCAUUCCUUGUACAGGCAAUCAAACAUUCAGCUACAACACUCAGGCAUGUGACAGGACAUGCUUGUCACUCUCCUAUCGAGCCCUAGAAUGUCAUCCAACUGACAUCCCUAUUGAAGGCUGCCAUUGUCCUAAAGGAACGUAUUUGAACCACAAGAACGAGUGUGUUCGUAAAUCUCACUGUCCCUGUUAUUUAGAAGAUAGGAAGUACAUUCUACCUGAUCAGUCAACAAUGAGUGGUGGGAUUACCUGCUACUGUGUUAAUGGGAGGCUCAGUUGCACUGGCAAACCUCAAAAUCCUGCAGAAAGCUGCAGAGCUCCUAAGAAAUAUAUAUCAUGUUCUGACAACUUAGAAAACAAGUAUGGAGCUACAUGUGCCCCUACCUGUCAGAUGCUGGCUACUGGAAUUGAAUGUAUACCUACUAAAUGUGAGUCAGGCUGUGUCUGCGCUGAUGGGCUAUAUGAAAAUCUUGAUGGCAGGUGUGUUCCAGCUGAGGAUUGUCCUUGUGAAUAUGGUGGCCUCGCAUAUGGAAAAGGUGAACAGAUCCAAACUGAAUGUGAAAUCUGCACUUGCAGGAAAGGCAAAUGGAAAUGUGUACAGAAAUCAAAGUGUUCCUCAACGUGUAAUCUUUAUGGAGAAGGCCACAUCACCACUUUUGAUGGACAGCGUUUUGUUUUUGAUGGCAACUGUGAAUACAUAUUAGCUAUGGAUGGCUGCAGUGUUAAUAGACCUCAUUCCUCUUUUAAAAUCGUUACUGAGAAUGUCAUCUGUGGGAAAUCAGGAGUUACAUGCUCUAGAUCCAUCAGCAUUUACCUUGGGAACUUGACACUUGUACUGCGAGAUGAAACCUUCUCUAUUUCUGGGGAAAAUCCUUUAGUGCGAUACAAUGUGAAAAAGAAUGCCCUCCACCUGAUGUUUGAUAUCAUUAUCCCAGGAAAAUACAACAUGACCCUUAUCUGGAAUAAGCACAUGAACUUCUUCAUCAAGAUCUCCAGGGAAACACAGGAAACUAUCUGUGGUUUGUGUGGGAACUAUAAUGGCAAUAUGAAAGACGAUUUUGAAACCCGAAGCAAGUAUGUGGCAUCAAACGAGUUGGAAUUUGUGAAUUCUUGGAAAGAGAAUCCUCUCUGUGGGGAUGUAUACUUUGUAGUGGACCCAUGUAGCAAAAACCCUUACCGUAAAGCUUGGGCAGAAAAGACAUGUUCCAUCAUCAACAGCCAAGUCUUUUCUGCCUGUCACAAUAAGGUGAAUCGUAUGCCCUAUUACGAGGCCUGCGUUCGAGACUCUUGUGGUUGUGACAUUGGAGGGGAUUGUGAAUGCAUGUGUGAUGCCAUUGCGGUAUAUGCGAUGGCGUGCUUAGAUAAAGGUAUCUGCAUUGACUGGAGGACCCCUGAGUUUUGUCCUGUCUACUGUGAGUAUUACAAUUCUCAUAAAAACACAGGAAGUGGAGGUGCUUUAUCCUACGCCUACAACAAUGACAACUGCACCUGGCAUUACAGGCCCUGUAAUUGUCCAAACCAAAACUACAAAUAUGUCAACAUUGAAGGCUGUUACAACUGUUCUCAUGAUGAAUAUUUUGACUAUGAGAAGGAAAAAUGCAUGCCAUGUGGAUAUGAAAGCAUUAGUACUACACCUGAAACUUCACCUUUAACAGUAACAACAGUGCAGCCUAACAUAACAAGAAGCUCUACUGCAGUCACAUCACCCGCAACUAUCCUACCAACAUCACCUGCUAUUACCUCUUCUGCAUCUACUGUAUCAAUGGAGGCCACAAAUCCAACAGUAACCUCAAAAAUCACCAUUCCAAGAACUUCAUCAGCAACACCUCUUGUUACAAUAAAGUCAACAACUGAACAUACAACAUUGGUUUUUACUAUGCCAAGUAUGACCACAACUGUCACAACACCCUCCAUAACUACCUCAACAAAAAGGACCACAUCCAUUAAGCCAGUAUCUACACCUACUGCCUCAUCAACCACUGCUUCAACAGAGAUGGAAAAAGUAAGGGUCACCACACCACUCUUCGAGACCCCUACCAAAAAGGAAAUGACAACCACCUCUAUACCUUCUCAUACUACAUCUCAGAUUGCAACUUCCAGCCAGCCUGAACUAACAACAGUAGAGAGUGAGGGAACUGAAGCAACCACUCUACACCACCGAGUCUCAGUAGCUGUCAGCCACAAAAGGCCAGCUGUGCCACACACUGUGCCACAAUUCAUCACGCAGAAGACCACACCUGUGACAUUGUCCAGCAGUACCUCCCAGACCUCUGUUUCCAGAGAAGCCAGCCCUGCCAGCAGUCCGGAAGUCCCACUGACAAAGAUGUCUCCAAGCCCCAGCUCUUCACCUGUCACCUCAACCUCAUCUGUUUCUUCCUCCUCAUCUGCCCUGCCCUCAACACGGCUGAGACCAUCACAUCCUGCCUCCAAAACAACACUGCCGCCCGUGAGCAUGGAGAAGACCAGCCCGGCCACGUCUGCCAGCAGCACCUCCAAGACUUUUGUUACUACUGCUUCUACAGAGAUCCCUUCUGUUGAACAGACUUCUAUUCGAACAACUACACUAACUACCAGGCGUACCACGUCUUCUCUUUCUGUUACUUCUGAACUUUCAACAUCCUUGUCUUCUAUUAGACCAGCUGCAGUACCACAAGAGAGUUGCCUGAAAGUCGAAUAUGAAGAAAAAAUAACUUACAAAGGCUGUUCUGCUAAUAUCACUUUGAACCGAUGUGAAGGAUCAUGUCCAUCUUCAACAAAGUUGAACGCUGAGACCAUGGAGGUCACCACAGCGUGCGGCUGUUGUAGGCCACUUCGACUUUAUAAGAAGGAAUUCCAACUACCAUGCGAAGACCCAGAUAACCCCAGAAAAAGGCUCAUUAAGGAAAUCACUGUGUUUGGUGGCUGUGUUUGCAACUUUGACAGCUGCAUACAAUAG